AUGAAUACGAAUAAAAUACCAACUAAAAUUGUAGAGAAACAUAAAAAAGUACUCAAGGAAAGUACAAAUGAGUACCAAUCAAAAUGUUGUAACAGCUCAAAAUGUACAUGUACCUCAUUUUUAUGGAAAGGUGUGAAUGUGGAUUUGGGAUCAUCGGAUGAAGGGAUGUAUGGUGAAACACGUGAAAAGAGCCUUAGAAAUGUAUUCAGAAUAAUGAGUAAAUAUGGUAUGGAUGAGAACUCAAUUCUUCUUGAUAUUGGAUCAGGAAGAGGUGUUCCAAAUAUUGUUGCAUCCUAUCAACUUGGAAUAUUUUCAAGUAUUGGGAUUGAACUAGAUGAAAAGGCUUAUUGCUUAUCUUUAUCAAAUGUUUUAUAUAUUUUAAAUGACCAAAUACAGAAAUAUACUGAAUACAGCAUGGAGAACAAUGCAAAUAAUAAAGCAAAACUUAAUGAAACUCAAGAAAAAAAUGCAAGAAAUCGUGUUAAUGAUAAUUUAGAAUUUAAUGAAAUAUUUUUGAAAGAAAAAAUAUACAAGCAUAAAGAUAAUUCAGCAGCUAAUUUUGAAGAGAAAUUAAGAAGACGUAUUGGAUUUUUUAGAGGAGAUGCAACAUCACUAGAUAAAAUGGAACCAGUUAGUCAUAUUUAUUCAUUUGAUGCAGCAAUGCCAGUAUGGAUGGUUAAAAAAUUUGUAGACUUGUUUAAUGAAAGUACAACUAGUUUUUGCUAUGUAUCGUAUAGAAAGGAUCUAAUUGAAUCUUUAGGGUUGAAAGGAAUUAAACUACAUGGAAUAUCAACUCAAAUGGCUGGAUCUGGAGAAGGUAGAAUGUGUUGGCUUUAUGUUAAAGAGAACUGGCAAGAUAUUAAAAAAAAGUGCGAUUUUUUGAUAAAGGAAAAGUACUUUGCUGAAGUUAUAUUAUCUAUUAAUAAACUAUCAAAUGUUAAAAACUUGGAAAGUAUUAUACAAAUAACAUGUUUGGAUAUAAAUAAACAAAAGCAAUUAAUUAAUGAUGCAUUAAAUGAAUGGUAUAAUAGCAGAAAAUCUAGAAAAGAGUGUAUAGCUGAAAGAAAGUUGAUGAAUCAAAGACACAAAAUCCUAAAACAAUUAUUUAUCCAAGAGAAGCAAAACAAGUUAAAUAUUAAUCAGCUUACACUAAAAGAUGUUGGAAUAGUCGUUACAAAAAGUGAUUCUGAAGUUAAAAAUAAUAUAACCAGAACUCAAAAAAUGAAACAAUUUACUCCAAUAUCUAAAUCUACAAGUAAGAUGUUAAGAUACCCUAAUAAAAAUGAAGAUUCUAGUAAUAUCUCUAUUGAUUCUGUUUCUGUGUCUAAGUCUGAACAGAAAAUACAAAAAUGCGAUGAAAAAGUUAAGGAAAAGAAAUCGUUAGCUCAUAGUGGCUUGCGAAACACUAGAAAACAAAAUAUAUCUACAAAAACUACUAUAGCAAAAUGA